CAAUCAACAUCAAGGCCUUGACGCUAUUCUUGAGGAGGUCCAUUUGCGUAAAACUGGGUUUUUGAAUCCUCAAGAUAAUAAUCACACUUUUAAGAGCCUUGGAGGGAAACACCUACUUAGCGAACAACUGAAAGAUUUCAGUAAUUUAGCAUGCGAAAGACAAAUAAUGUUGAUUAAUAAGACUUUUAGAAGCAGCAAGUCAAAUUCCUUACCUCGACCAAUACCUAUUACUGCUUAG